CCUCUUCUUCCGGGGCCAAUCACAACAAAGUGCCCACGUCAGUGUGUUGACGUGGGUCUGUCAGUUCCGAGACACGGACUACGGGAACUUUUCCUCGGAGUGUUGGGAGGAGAACCAUGGAGCCGAGCAAGCAGGACAUCACGGCUAUCUUCAAGAGACUGCGCUCCGUUCAGACCAAUAAGGUGUGUUUCGACUGCUCGGCCAAGAACCCCAGCUGGGCCAGCGUCACCUACGGCGUGUUCCUGUGCAUCGACUGCUCCGGGACCCACCGCUCUCUCGGGGUGCACCUGUCCUUCAUCAGGUCCACUGAGCUGGAUUUCAACUGGUCCUGGUUCCAGCUCAGGUGCAUGCAAGUGGGAGGCAACGCAAAUGCAACCUCCUUCUUCAACCAACAUGGCUGCACCUCUGGAGCGGCCAACACCAAGUACAACAGUCGCACCGCCCAGCUGUACCGGGACAAGGUCAAGACCCUGGCGACGCAGGCCACCAGGCGCCACGGCACAGAGCUGUGGCUGGACAGCCAGGGUCCUCUCUCCCCCGCGUCCCCUGAAGACAAGCAGCUGGACUUCUUCCACAUCCACACCCAGGGCGACGGCGACUCCCUGAACAUGGCGCAGAUGAGUCUGAGCGGCUUCUCAGAGAAGGACGACGACCCUGGUCACCCAGAGUACGGCCCCAGCGUGGACAUGCUGAGCGCCUCCCCGAAGGCUCAUCCAGAACCACUUUCUCUUCUCAAGAAGAAGCCAGCCACCAAGAAAACGCUGGCCAGUAAGAAAGGAGGCCUGGGCGCCCAGAAGGUCAGCAGCAGGAGCUUCUCCGAGCUGGAGAAGAAGGCUCAAGCUGCUGACCGGCUGAAAGAGAAGGAAGACGCCGCGGCGAGCUGCAUGAAGAGCGCCCCCGCGUCAGAGACGGUAGCUCCGUCCAUGCGGCUGGCCUAUCAGGAGCUGGAGAAGCAGCGGAAGCUGGAGGAGCAGAAGCUGCGGGGGCUGGACGACAGGAAGAAGGGGCAGGCGGAGAGGCUGGGGAUGGGCCUGGGCGGCCGGAGCGGGGUGUCCCACUCGGUGACGGCAGACAUGCACAUCAUCCAGCAGGAAAGCCCACAGGGGGGCGCCACCAGCAGGGCUCGCCGCUUCGCUGAGGAGGAGGAGGAGGACGUGGGCUCCUUCAGCUCCAGCUAUCAGCGCAAGGAUGCAGGCGAGGCCUCCAGGUGGACGGACGGGUGGCCGAAGGAGACCCAGAGUCCCGAACCAGACUUCUUUGUGACAUCGCUGGAUGACAGAACCGCGUCCCGGAGGAAGCCUGAGCCGCUGCCAGUUGCAGAACCCGGAGAAGCCUCCAGGAAGUUCGGGGGCGACGUGAAGGCCAUCUCCUCCGACAUGUAUUUCGGGAAGCAAGACAACUCCGGGUACGAAGCCAGGACCCGGCUGGAGAGGUUCGCUGGGAACUCGGCCAUCAGUUCCGCUGACCUGUUCGAGGACGAGAAGAAGGCGGCAGGCAGCUCCUACCAGCUGAGCAGCGUGCUCCCCAGCGCCCCCAACAUGUCCCAGCUCAAGUACGGCGUGCGCUCGGUGGCGGGGAAGCUCUCGGUCAUGGCCAGCGGCGUGGUCCACACCAUCCAGGAUCACUACGGCUCCUGACCGGGGGCGGCGGGGCCAAUGGUGGCCGCGCCGCCAGGAUUCCGUCCAGCCUGUGGUUGUUUGGCUCGGCCCGGCGCGGCAGGAGACGCCCCUGCUGUUCCAAGCAGCAGCGGCCAGGUUGUUGAUCUAUUGUUGCCCUUGCUAUGGGAGGUCCAUCACGCUGCAUGCUGGUGCCCGUCUUCUGCCCCUGAAGUGCACUUGCCAUCAGAAGGACCUCCAGCGUCUGCCAGGCGUCGCCAGGCUUCUUGCUUUCUACUCGCGCAGCUACGUGUCGUGUCAGAGCUGCAACUGGCUCUCCAGUGGCGCGCCGGCGCCGCCUUCUGUCUCGCUGAACUGAAGUCGCAGGUCCGAGCUCCCGGCCGGGAAUAGAGUGUGUGUCACAUGAGGUGUGUUGGAGCGCCUCCCGGAGGAUGGGCAAGGAUGAUCGCUGAUCCACGAAGAGCCGGCGCAGGUUUUAGCUCCAACCAAACAAGCUCAUGUUGUUAAGAGACCAGCUUCUGUCUUCACUCUGGUGGAGGCAGGACCGAGGCUGCGGGAUCUUAACACGUCUCAAGUUUGAUGGACUUGAUCCAGACCUCCACACGUGGAUUCCCCUGAGUCUGUGGCGUCUGAAGAGGUCCCAAUGAUCACAGAAGAACCUGACACUGAGCCCAGGAUCUUGUGUUCCCGCCGGCAGCUCGGAGCUUCUGAAGCUUCAAUCCUCUGGACUCUGAAGAUCACUGACUUGCUGUGAAGCGACAGAACCAGUCUUGCACUACACACCUGCUAUGGCCACUUUGGAGGUGAAGGUUUACUUUCUGAAGGUUUUCAUGACCUUCCUUUAUAUGAAUGUAGGAGUCUGAGCUGAGAAGGUUCGGUGUUUGUCGUGUGUCCGGUAUUCCGGAGGGAAGUGGAAGGUUUUGCGUGUUCAAAUCAUGUUUUUUUUUUCUGUCACCAGGGUUGUGUGUGUUUUAGCUCCGGCAGGUCUCAGUCCUCUGGGUCCUGCUGGGUCACAUGCUUUUUUGUUCUGCCUUCAUCCCCAGAUUUCCAUGUCUGCUCCCUGUAUGUCGGCGACCUGACAGCUCCUGCUUCACUGUCAUGUGGCAAUAAAGAGUUUAUACUUCUGUUCUGCUCACGGCUCCAUCCCCUGAUCCGGUUCUGCGUCCGGCCCGGUUCGGCAGCUCUCAGAUGCCUUGUCUCACGCACCCACCCCAGUCACUGAUGACAUCAUCUAACCCUCGCGGGUCUCACACAGGGGUCAUCCUGAGGUCACAUGCGUGCCAGAAGGCUCUCCAUUAGAUGGAUGAUGGAAGACGUUUGCGCCUGAGGUGAGAAGGUCGUGUCAGAAACAGCUGGUUCCAGACGAUUAUUUCAAACGGUAACCUGGAAAUGAUGCGGGUUUUGUACAAAGUGGACGUCAGCAAGACCUGGAGUGGAUUCACCACACGGUGAUGCGUCCUGCGCCACUCUUCUGUUGGUCUCUCUGUGGUUCCAAAUGUCUCCUUCCCAUUGACGCGUCGUGGGGGCAGCAGCUGAGGCGAGGACACCCGGACCUGCCGCCUCAGAGCCUCUCCAGAAGUGAGGGGUUCACUGGACGUUCCGCCUCAGGGAGGCCGCCAGAAAGCUUCCUGCGCAGAUGAGGCCCAGCUCUACUCUGAGCAUGAAACUGUGUCCUCAUUUUGCCUGAGGUUGUGGAGGACCAGGUGCAUGCUGGUCUUACAUAACAGGGUGACCCCAAGUGACGUCAUGGCCAACCAGACAGAUAUGGAGCUGAAAAGGCAGGGGUCCGUAAACACGAGGGAAAAUAUGCAUCGACUGUGGAAUGUUUUAAUGUUAUGAAGGUUUUUUUAGUGCAAACGUUUUAAUGUGAUGGUUUAAACUGUAUUUUACAUUUUUUUGUAAUGAUGGUGAUGAUGGUGAUGAUGAAGCUGAUGAUGAUGAGGAGUGUCGCACCCCUCACCUUUGACCCUCAAAGCGACCAGAGAAACAACCUGAUCUUUUGUGGCCUGUUGUGACCUUCCGCACUUCAUGUCGAUGCUGGACAAUCAUGUUCAGCGACAGAGUCUUUCCACGUUUUUAAGACUUUGAUGAUGAUUUGGUGAAAUGUUCGCCCCGGGAGUCCUUCAGUGCACGAGCGCCACUGCACGUCACCUCCACAAACAAAAACAAAACACACCGACCGCUUGUUGUCGGUUUAGAGAGGACCUGCGCGAGUCCCAGCUGAGGCCAUGGAAGCGUGAA